AUGUGUUUCGGAAUUUAUUUUCUAUUUAGAGCAAGAAUUAGGACAAUAAUGGUUACUGGUGAUAACGUUCUAACAGCAAUGAGUGUUGCUCGUGAAUGUGGAAUAAUACAGCCAAGAAAGCGAACAUUUUUGGUUGAAUUAUUGCAUGAUGGAGCGGGUGAUGGGUCCAAAAAAUUGGUUUUAAAACCGUCAGUAUCAUCUUCGGAAAGUGUUGUGGACGAUAAUUUAUCGUACGAUGACUUAGAGCUUGGCUACUUGGUCAGUUCCAGUUAUCAGUUAGCAGUAACAGGUUUCAUUGAACCUGAAAUUAUUUUAGGUCCAGUUUUCUCGCUGAUUUGUCAUGAAUAUCCGGAAUAUGUCGAUAAGCUAGUAGCCGUCUGCGAUGUUUUUGCGCGUAUGUCUCCAGAUCAGAAACAAUUAUUAGUGAAUAGAUUGCAGGAAAUCGAUCUAACAGUUGCCAUGUGCGGUGAUGGUGCAAAUGAUUGCUCUGCACUUAAGGCAGCCCAUGCUGGUAUUUCGCUUUCUGAGGCUGAAGCAUCGAUAGCUGCUCCUUUCACUUCAUCAGUUCCGGACAUACGAUGUGUGCCUAUGAUAAUUCGAGAAGGUCGCGCAGCUUUGGUGACUUCAUUCGGGGUCUUUAAAUAUAUGGCGGGUUAUUCUUUAACGCAGUUUAUUACAAUUAUCCAUCUUUACUGGAUUAGUACGAAUUUAACUGAUUUUCAGUUCUUAUAUAUUGACUUAUUUCUGGUCACAUUGAUUGCUCUUUUCUUUGGUAAUACGCCUGCUUGCGAAAAGUUGCAUAUAAACCCGCCUCCAACGAAAUUGUUGUCCUUAGGCUCUGUAUUAUCCAUUAUCGGCCAAUUGUUGAUUGUUUUUUUCUUCCAAAGUUUUGUAUUUGUUUUUACUGCUUUGCAACCAUGGUUUAAUGUUUACAUCUCAAAAUUUGAUGAUACUCCUGAGGAUAAACGUAGCAUGCAGGGAACGGCUGUUUUUUGCGUGUCCAUGUUUCAAUAUAUUACUUUGGCCGUUGUUUAUAGCAAGGGUUUGCCUUAUCGGAAAACGAUUUUUAGUAAUUGGCCAUUGCUGACGAGUUUAGGUAAAUUUUUCUUUUUCUUGUGA